CCAUCAUCUUGAACCAAUUUGGAGCAUUUCUGGAAGCCUAUCCUACCAGAAUGGCUGCUGAAAUGGAUGAUUCCUCCCCCUUAUCGAGUCAGGGAGCAAAUCAUAUCCCUCAGGACGAACAGCAUGACGGCAUCAGUGGCGUCCCUUUGUCCACAAUCUCAUGUGAUCGAUGCCGCCGCAGAAAGGUGCGCUGCGACCGGAGACAUCCGUGUGCCUACUGCGUCCGCACAGAUAACCUCUGUACGUAUCCGCUUAGGCACAAGCCCAAGGAAAGGCGACAACGGUUUUUUAUUUCAGAAAUAUACGAGAGAAAGAUUGAUGAUAUCGCGCAAAAACUCGCAGAGCUUGGCAAUGCCUUGGGAGCUGGUCAAAACUCAACCCAACAUGUUGUACCCGCAGCUACCUCAUCAAAGAUACCAUCGCACCCAACAUCGACUGCAUGUCUCGCACCAAUAGCCCAAGCAACGUCUCCAUCACCUAACCAUGGCGUUGGGAGCCAGCUUCUCACUCCAAGGUUGGAACAUCAGGGAGAAUCUUCUCUUUCAGCUCAAGCCGCUUUUGCCAAUGAAUUUCUUGAAGAUGCUAUCAUCAACAAGCCGAAUGGCAUCGAUAUCGCUGCUGAGAUGUCAUCCGUUCUGCAGUCUUUGAGGCAGGCUUUGGGGAGGAAUUCUAACCAACAGGAACACGACUACCUGUAUCCUCAUGCUAGAGCACUUGAAUCGGGACAUGAUCUGCGCAACCUCCCUAUGCCACCUGUCGACAAAGCUUUCAUCUGCCUCAGAAUGGCCAAAGAAAACCCCAGAGUUCGGUUUUUUUGGGACAGCGAAGCUACUUCUUUCACUGACGUUUUCCUCAAGGUGUACUCGCCGGGAGAAGUUACUCAUGCUGACCUCAUCUCUGUCAAUGCGGGACUCUAUUGGCUUUUUAGACAAUGCAAACAAAUCGCCACAGAUUCAUGCCAAAAGGCUGACCUCGAGGUGCAAGCUGUCAUCUGCCGAGACAAUCUCGAGACUAUACUAUCUAACCUGCCUUUCCAUCAACCUUGCAAUAUCGAGACUGCCAGUUCAAUGAUGAUAGCUAGCAUAUACUGCCUCGAAACCUGCAAGCCAUCUGCGGCAUGGGACUUUAUUGCAACUGCGUCACACCUGAGCCAGACGCUAGGCUUACAUAGCAAGAUUGCAAUGGCUAGCGAUCCUCCAAACCUCCGAAUGACCAAGAUCAGGAUAUUUUGGCUAGUUUACGUGCAAGAAAAGGGUCUUUCCCUCCGACUUGGUCGAUCGUCAACUAUUCACGACGGCGAUAUCACUAUUCCGGUUCCCAGCAUAGAGUCGAGACCAGAGAUAGGCUAUUUUGGUCAACUAGACAAGAUGAAAGAAUUAGCAUAUUUACAAGGCAAGAUUUACGACCAACUCUACAGUUCUGCUGCCUUGGCACAGCCUCAGAAUGUUAGAACCACUAGGGCAAGAGGUCUUGCAUCAGAGCUUGAAGUGCACACAAAUAGAAUGCUGCCUAGCGAUAAGCUCUACCUAGAUGCGCUGCGCCAGGCUACUAGCAACGAAUUUCUCAAGGCUUUCCUCUGCACUACCAAGGUGCUUCACUUAUCCCUCUUUUGCCUUAUCUUCAGAGCCAUACCUGCCGAGGCAAACCAGGGUACUAUGCUUGGAAGGGAGUGCAUUGAUAGUGCUCACAAGGCCCUUGAAGCACACAAGGAAUGGAUGUCUGUCGUGGCUGAACUACAAGAUGACUUCCUAGAGAGUUAUGUAAACUUGGCUCUCAUACAUUCACCCUUCGUUCCAUUCAUUGUCGUAUUUUGUCACAUUAUCGAGACUUGCGACAAGAACGGCCUCAAUCUGCUCGAAAGUGUCAUCAAGACAUUAGAACCUGCCACAGGCUCUGCUUUCUCAUCUGGAGCAAGGAAAGAGUUUCAUCUGUUUAAAGCUUUGUACGACGCCGCUCGUAACUACCUUGAAGCUAGGUUGAGCAAGGUGAAUAUUGGCUUCGGCUCGUGGGAAAAUGCGUCUUCCUCCGCACACGUACCAUCACCAUCUCAUCAACAGCUUGCCCUGCUUACACCAACGUCCAACUUGCCAAGCUCACAGACUUCCGUAGGCAGAUCAUUAGAUGGGACAGCUGAGUGGAUGACUCAGCACUUCGAGGUGCCUGGUGGCAUGGAUACCGAGAUCGACCAGUAUGGCGCACAGCUUGGAAAUUGGCUGCAUAUGAAUAAUCAGAUGACGAAGGCUCUAGAAGAUAGCUACUUUUGGGAUAACUUAGCGUAAGAGAAAUAGAGGAACUUCAAAAGGG